ACUAAAAUCCUCUGUUAUUUGGCUGAUCAUACAGGACUACAUUUUGUAAGAAGAUGAGGAACAGAAAGCAGUGUAUUCAAGACACAGAGGGUCAGAAGCAUGAAGGCAUGGAAGGUGAAGAAAAGGAAGACAGCUGUUCCUGUUCUACUUUAUUAUAUGACAGUGGCACGUGCCCCAUCUGUCUGAAUGUUCUAGAACAAGAGAUCGGCGUUCCUGAGAACUGCAGUCAUACCUUCUGCAUGACUUGUAUUCUCAAAUGGGCUGAGACGCAGGCUUCAUGUCCUAUUGAUCGCAGACCAUUUCAAGCAGUAUGUAGGGUUAAUGCAUUAGAAGAUCAGAUGAAGGUUCAGGUAAAACAACAGCAAAGGAAGAAGGAAGAAGAGGAAAACUGUGCCUGUAAUAAGGAAAAAUAUAGCCAUACGAAGAUGAGAAGUUCCCUGAGAAGAGCUCUAUGUCCAAACAGAGGGCCUUUUACAGCAAAAUUGAGCAAAGUUGUGAAGAAAAAAUACAGUAAUAUUUUGUAUGAGAAACGAAACAGGAAAGCUUUGUCUGUGAAGAUAAACAAGCCUAGAAGAAAGACCUGCUGGAAUGAGUGCUUCAGGACUAAUUUCUAUAGUACACUCCCGGCCGGUGGUAGCAAUGAAGAAUCCUUUCUUAGCUGUAGAAGUGACUGUACAGAAUUCACAGAAGUCAAUUCAGUGAUCAGGCAGAAGAGACAAGAACUGGAAUUGUCCUGCUCAUCUGUGCUUACUAGAGUUGAAAGAAUUCCUUUAAUGUCUUACGGAGCUGAAGCUGAGACCUUUCUUAUUACUUCUACUGCAGUGGCGGGGACAAUUCUUCCAGCAAAUAUCAGGCCUUUGGAAAACUUUGGCAAAGGGUAUGCUGUUGCAUGUACCCAAGAAGGAGAAGAGAAAAAGCAAGCUUCAGGUUCAUCAGGCACUAGGGGAGCUAGAAGGAAGUCAGUUAAUACUACUCCUAGAAGAAGGUCUGCACGGAACACCAAAAAUGAGACUCUGGGUCAAUCUCGGAGCUCACCUCGGUCAAGCAGUUCUGGAUGCAGUGCCCCUGAUGGCAACAACCCGUCUCUGAAUAAAUCUUCUUUAGAAUCAGAGAAAGCUCUUCCAAAACGAAAGUCUAAAAGAAUAGUUAAACAACAAACACCUCUGGCUAAAAAGAAACUGAGAAGUUCUGCACGUUCUGAAAAGUCAUCCAGUGAUUCAGUAGAUGAUGAUGACACUGCUGAGUCUGAAGCAGUUCAAACAGUAGAUAAAGACCAGCAGUCAGAUAACGAAAGCAGUAGUGCAAGCCUUCCACAGAAAAAUGAUGCAGAAACAGAAUCUGCCAAUGGAUUAGAAAGCUGUAAUGAACAUACAGAAACUGAGGAAACUACAAGAGAACAUGGCAAAGAUGAAGACCCUUCAGGCAAUGCAGAUACAAGUUUUUCAGUCCAAGAAUCUCCAGUACUAACUUCAGGGGGAGAAAGUCAGGAAUUUGAAGUAAAAGGUCUUACUGAAAAAAAUGUAGAUCUUAAGAAUCAGGACAUUUGUAAAAACACUAUUGAACAAAUGGAAACAACAGCUAGUCCCAGAGAUGAGGUAUGUGACCAUGCAAUAUCUGAAAAAUCAGAUCAGAUAUUGUGUAGUCCUCAAAAUGAAUCAUUGGAGAACAUAGAUACUUUGACUAAAGUACAACAGUCAAUAGCUAGUCCAGAAAAUGAAUUGCUGGAGUAUCCUAAACCUUUGGAACAAGAACAGCCAUUAGAGAGCCCCAAAAGUAAAUUGCAAGAACGUACAGAGGCUGUAGAAAUAGAUGAUUCUGGGGCAGAAGAAAAAACAGUAGAAGACUGUGCAAGUACAAAUACUGAAAGCUUUAAAACUGUUCAAGACAAAGAACCAGAUACAUUAAUAAGCAAUACUUCUACAGACAGUACAUCAGAACAAUCCUUAAAAGAGAACACCGUGCCAGAAGGUGAAGAGAGUAGAAUUUCAGAGUCACCUCAGGUAAAUGCUGAACAUAAACAUUUUGGAGAAGAUAACAAUGAAAUGAUACCAAUGGAUUGCGACUCAUUUUGCAGUGACCAGAAUGAGCCUCAGAUUGAACAGUUGCCACCGGCUGAAACUACAGAGCAGGGAGAAAUGGACUCUAUAGGGUGUGAUGCAGGAAACUGUACAUCAGUUUCAGGGCCUUCUGAUGAAAAAGAUGAAACUAUUUCUCAAGAAAAAGAGUGUCAGUCAGAACUCAAAAAAGACAAAAAGACUCGAACAAGAAGGUCUAGAUUUCACUCUCCAUCAACAACUUGGUCGCCUUCUAGAAGAGAGGGCAGGAAAUCUCAAUCACCAUCCCCUAAAAGGGAGAUAACCGUAGACAGGAGCUCCCGAUCACCAAAGAAGGAAACUGUUAGGGAGGGAAGAAGAUCUUUAUCUCGGUCUCCAAAAAGAGAGAGACACAAAGAUGAGAAAAAAGCGCCAUCUCGGUCUCCAAAGAGGGAGACUGUCAGGGAAAGCAGGAGAUCAUCUUCUCGGUCAAGAACUAGGGAUUCAUCUCCAAGGCAAAAAUCUAGAUCUCGAAGCAGUGAUAGAGAUAGUCAAAGAAGAGAUCGUGAUAGAGAGAGAAGAAAUAGGAGAUGGUCUAGGUCUCGGUCACGAUCUAGGUCAAGAUCACGAUCUAGGACAAGAAAUAAAGGUUUUUCGUUCUCUAGAAAUGAGAGGGAUGGUCAUUCACCUCGUUGGAAAGAGAGAUGGGCAAAUGACAGUUGGAGGAGUCCCAGAGGAAAUGAUCGAUACAGAAGAAGUGAUCAAGAGAAACAGAACGAAAAUCUUAAAGAGAAGGACAACACAGAAAAAAACAGUGAUGAUCAGUGUUCUUCAGACAAGCGGAGGAAUGAUUGUCCAGACUGGGUAAUGGAAAGGAUAAAUUCUGUUCCUGAGGGCAGGAACAGAGAGAGAGACAAACCACAUUGGGAAGACAACAGACAUGAUAAUUCAGGACACGGUUGGAAUAAAAACUUUGGUUCAGGUUGGAUCCCAAAUCGAGGGAGAGGUCACCGUGGCAGAGGUGGACGUGGCAGAGGCGGUUUCAUGUAUGGAGACCAGAGUGAAAAUCAGUGGCAAAAUAGAAAACCUCUCUCAGGGAACUCAAAUGGUUCUGGGAAUGAAACUACAAGGUUCUCAGAACAUCAGCCAUACAAACAUAAGAAUGAGCAGGAUUAUUCUUUUGAUACACCUGCUGAUAGAUCUGGGUGGACAUCUGCCUCCAGCUGGGCUGUGAGAAAGACUUUACCUGCUGAUGUGCAGAAUUAUUAUUCAAGAAGAGGACGAAAUUCACCAAGCCCACAGUCUGGAUGGGGAAUGAGACAAGAAGAGGAGACACCUGAACAAGAUCCAAACCUCAAAGACCAAGGCAACCAGCAAAGUGAUGGUUCUCAGUUACCGGUAAAUAUGAUGCAGCAGCAAAUGAAUGUAAUGCCGCAGGUGAACGCACAGCACCAGCCUAUGAAUAUGUUUCCAUACCCCGUGGGUGUGCAUCCUCCCAUGAUGAACAUGCAACGCAGUCCUUUCAACAUCCACCCUCCGAUGCCCAUGCAUCUCCACGCCGGAGUGCCUCUCGUUCAGGUAGCUGCUCCCACAAAUUUGUCUCAGGGAUUACCUCCGCCUCCACCUCCACCCCCACCAUCUCAACAAGUCAACUACAUUGCUUCACAGCAAGAUGGAAAACAAUUGCAGGGUAUGCAAAAUGCUGCUCAUGUGAGUAAUAACAUGAGUGCUCCAGCCUUGCCUGCUCCAACAGCAGUCCUGGGAAACGUGGGAAUGGUUCAGGGACCAACUUCUGGUAAUGCAACGUCUUCGAGUCAUGUCAAAAGCUCUAAUCCACCUGUAAAACCAGGAGAAAACAAAGCAAGUGUGACAGUGGAAGCCAGCGCAGAUAGCUCAAAGAAGGACCAGAAAUUGUUAAUUCAAGAAAAAGCAGCACAAGAGGUCAAACUAGCUAUUAAGCCUUUCUACCAAAAUAAAGACAUCACUAAGGAAGAGUAUAAAGAAAUUGUGCGGAAAGCUGUAGAUAAAGUUUGUCAUAGCAAGAGCGGAGAAGUUAAUUCUGCAAAAGUGGCCAAUCUAGUGAAAGCGUAUGUAGACAAAUACAAACAUUCUCGGAAGAAAAAUCCAGAAGAGGCAGUCUCCUGUGACAGGAAAUAGAACACGUUUUCAGUUUUUAACGUUAUUCUAUCUGCAAAGUGCAAUUUCAACAUGAACCGUUAACUGAAAUUUGUACAUGACAGUGAUUUAAAUCUGCUUUUGAUAAAAUUAUUUUUCAAUGUAGUAUAUAAUGUUUUGUUUAAAGAGAUAUAGACCUACAGGGCAACUUCUUUAUUCCUUUUUAAAAACAGAUGUCUAAAAAAGUAAAAGGUGUAAAGAAGAAUCAUUAGGAAUGUACGAUUGUGUGGAUACUUAGGUGUACAGCAUUUUGACUUGAAUAACAGUGCAUUAAAUUAGAAACUUCUGUCUUAAGUACAUUGGUUUUGGAACAGGUAUGUACAGUACAUGUAAUCAGUCAGAUUAAUUUUUUUCUUUUGAUUUCUCCCUAAUUAUAUCAAAGAUAAAAUAAUGUAUUGCCUUGACAAAUACUUCUAGCGUUAACUGGACAGGCUGAAUGCAGGGGUCACUAUGUGUAUAUGAAAAGGCACAUGGAGUUCUCCGAACAGAAGAACUGUUUAGAUUUUUAAAAGAAAAAUCAUAAACAGUAAAAUUCAGUGCCCAAAAUCAUGGGCACUGUGCCAUCUGUUGUAACACCAAAUAAAAGUUAUGCUGCUUGGUUUUGUUUGUGACGUUUUUCAAUUUGUUUCAAGGUAGUGGGGAUGAACUUGAUCAGUUUUUAUGUGCUGAAGACCCUCAGUCACUACUCACUGACAACCCCAGUUCCUAUCUAAUCCUGCCCGUAGCUAGUGAAACAGUGUAGGGAAUUGCUCUGUGUUGGAUGUUCAGAUGCACAAACUAGUUUCUUGUUACUUCACGUAAGAUCAAGGAAGCUGGAAUUUGUCUCCAGGUUCCCAGUUGAUCAGAGGCUGACAGUUGUGCCAGGCUUGGCUGCGUAAUACUUGCCUUUGUAGGCUAGGGACCGUAGUGUGGAUUGCCAAACUGCUGUCACUGAAAAUGCACAAUCUGAAGUCAAGUGCAGCAGCUUUUAUAUUUCUCCAACCACUUUUCUACAGAGAGGUUCAUAGAGGUACCACAAGCAUUUUAAAAGCAGAUCCGGGGUUAUCAGAAGUGCUAGAGGAAUGCUUACACCUAAUGUAGAACAUGUUCUACUGAGAUCACAGCAGGGAAGUUGCUGAAAUACUGAGACAAAUACAAGCCCCUCUUGAGAAAAAUAGCUUGGGACCCUUCCAGCUCUUGAGUAAGGAAGAAACCGUUCUUUGAGAUUUACUCUGGGAUAGGAAGAUGCUUCCUUUCUCUGAGGGUGCUGUGAAAACUUCAGCGCUCCUCCCUCAGUCCUGCUGCAUGGUAACAACCUUUGGUGUUGGCUCAGCCUGGCAUCUGCCCCAGCCAAAGGUCUCCUGGCCCAAAAGCAUGAAUAAACAUCGGGACACAAAGUAUUGAUAGAGUUUUUUUGAUAUUUUUUCUCCUAGUAGCCCGUAGUUCCCCAAGUUAACUUUUUGAGACAGAAAACUCAGUCUUACCUGCUAAGCAGCUUCUACAGAAGCCUGAGGAUGUGCUAAGGGAUAGACACCCAUGUACACAGACGUGGUUAUAUAGAGAGAUAUCUGUAAAAAUGUGGUGUUUGUCACAGCAGUUGAUCACUUGGUUUUAACUGUAACUUUCUGCAGACUUAACGAAGCAUCUGACUGUCUAUAUUUAUUUUUGUGUGCCUAAACGAAAAUGCUAUGUAAACUAGAGAAUGCUAUAAUACAUUUUCUACAGUCAAGACAGGCUUUAGAUUUUUCAAAAUAAUUCAGUUUUACACUGUGGUAGCAAUUUGUAUGAUCUCUUGAACUAUUUUAAGCUAAAAUUGGUUAGCACUUUUUGAAAAAUGUAGCAAAUUGCUAUGUCUAUCCUGGUUUAUCACGCCGUGCGUACUUAUUUUUAUUACAUUUUACUUCUCCGAAUUUUUGGAUUUUUAAUGACUUUUUAUAUCUUUUUACUCUAUACAGUUGAGCCUUGCUAUAAAGCUCCUUUCAGGAGCCGGAUAAGUGUUCAUGUCUCGUUUUACUUUUAAAGGAGAGGUGGAAUUUGGGUGGGAAGGAAUGGUGGAGCAUGUAAACUGGGAGAGCUGCUCCUGCCUGGCUGAUCAGCUGUCGCUUGCUGCCGUGUUGUUGGGGCAGUGACUGUAGUGAUGCUCCACUGUAUUUCAGAACAUUGAUGAAGAAUAUGGGAUAGAUUAGAAUGUGAUCAUUGUAAAAAAUAAAGUCACUGAAAUACUUCAGACAUACCAUAAAAUAUGCAGUUCAUUUCAAUUUCUAUGCUGAAUUAAAAAAAUGAAAAAAUGCAUUGCCUUAAUACAUAGACUCUCCUAUUUUUCCUGAAGAGCAGUAUGGUCUCUGGUGUGGCUGCCCGAGAAGUCCUUUAACCUUGUAGUCAUGUUUUUGUUAAAAUAGUGUGAGAGCUGUAUUUCUAUUUAUUGAAACUCCUUGUACUACAUGCACUAGUACUGAAGGCAAGUGAUGGGAAUGUGCAGCGCACCUGCUGCCCCUGGGGUAUCAGUAAUUCAUUUGAUCCAAAUUGCCUUGAGGUAAUAAUGACAAAACUGUAUACUUUCUGUGAACUUAUGCAAAUUAUAAGGAUUUUCCUUGCACUCCUUCCACUGUUUCACUGUGCAUGCUGCUUUAAUGUCUCAUCCUAAAGAUGUGUCUUAGGAGCACAGUGGCUGUCCGAAGCCCACAGUAUGGUGUUUGUAGCAGAAGGCUGGAGUGCUGUCUACUGAAAAAAAUACUCUAAGAAUUAGUUUUGUGUAGUGCUUAACAUUUUCUAAUAAAUUCUUUUCACGAA